AUGGGAUCGAUGCGUCUGUGAUGUGGAUUACAACUUGCCCACGGUUGAGUCCUCGAUGCUGCAAGUUAAUGAGCCAACUGGAGUUCACCCACUGCUGAAGACACCACUAUGAAGAGGAAGAAACUGCUGCCCCCUGUGGGAUUUGACACAGUGAUGUUAUAGGACGUGGAACAACCUACCAUCUGUCAGAAGCAGAGCGGUUGCAAGCUCGUCACACAUGAUGGUCUGCUCACCUUUAGACAACAUGGAUGAAGAGCUGUGUUUGUGAUAUCAUUUGUACGUGAAAGAAGAGGGAGACGCCAUGUCUGAGAAGAAGCCCCGAUGCGCAGACACUCGUCCCAAAUGUGGCAUUCGCAGUUGGAGUGCCGACAGUUAUGUUUGGCGAGGAAAGAAGCGCUCGAGGAACUCUCGCAAAGGUUCCAGUCCUGGAGGGUUCGAGGCAGAGGGUUCAGAAGAACUCGGGGUACGGUCCACAUCCUGCCCAAGAAGGCGUAGAGAGAGAAAGUGUAGUUGCAGCAGUCUUGGGGAAGACAUUGAUGCUGUUUGCCGAAAGGCCCUUACCAGGCGCUCUCUGCGGCAGAAAUUCCAGGAUGCUGUGGGACAGUGUUUACCCCUGCGUUCACAUAAUCCUCACCAUCAUCAUCAUCACCACCACCACCAUCUACCGGGAUCCUCACGUCCCUUGUCUGUGUUAUUCUGGUCCAAACGCAAGAUUCACGUCUCGGAGCUCAUGCAAGACAAGUGCCCUUUCUCCUCCCAAUCUGAACUGGCCCGCAGUUGGCACCUUUUAAAAAAUCAUGCCACUCAGCCGAGUGCCCUCAUGGAACUGGAGGCAAAUUUCAAACCCAAUAGUCCAUCGUCAUGCAACUCCCCACCACACACACCCCUCUCCUGGGAGGACAUUUGCUGUUCCCCGGGGCCUGGAAGCGUCACUAAAGAGGACUGGGACACUAUUUGUCCACAUGAACAAACAGAGGACAGCAUUAGCCACAUAUUGGUUCCUGAUCUCCUGCAGAUCAACAAUAGCCCAUGCUACUGGGGGGUCCUAAACCGGUUUGAGGCAGAGGAACUUCUGGAAGGGCAGCCAGAAGGAACCUUCCUUCUGAGAGACUCUGCUCAGGAUGAGUUCCUUUUCUCUGUCAGUUUUCGACGUUACAGCCGCUCCUUGCACGCGCGCAUCGAGCAGAAUGGCAAGCGUUUUAGCUUUGAUGUGCGUGACCCGUGCAUGUACCGGGAUGCUAGUGUGACAGGGCUGCUAAGACACUACAGUGACCCAGCCACUUGUCUCUUCUUUGAACCCCUCCUUUCUCAGCCGCUACCCAGAACAUUUCCUUUCUCACUGCAGCACUUGUGCAGAGCUGUAAUCUGCAGUUGUACCACCUACCAGGGUAUAGAGAAUCUUCCACUGCCACCUCAGCUCAGGAACUACCUCUGCCAGUAUCACAUCAAGUGUCAAGGGGCCUGUUCUGAUUGACUCUCCAAAUCAAAAUAAAUGUCAAAGGUUAUAUCGACCCAGACGACACGACAAGGGAAUCCGAUCGCUAAAAUACUGUAUUGGUCAUUCCAGGAUUAGAGGACAUUUUGUCUUCAAAAUUCCUAAAAAAUAAGCCUUUGGUUUUUCUGAUUUUCUGCGACAUAGUAACCAGGUAAUUAGCAAUCAAAGGCUUGAUUAUCUCAGUUUAAAAAUCAAUGGUAUUUUUUUUCCCAAUGUACAAUUUUAAUGUAUUUACAAUAUUUGGCAUUAACAGUGUUGCACUGUAUUGUUAGCUUUUUCUCAGGAGUAGAAGCUAGCUAUAGCUGUUGUUAGUGGCCCAAAGGACAAAUCUAUUAUGUGAUUAUGUAAGAAAAAAAGUCUCAAUUUGAUCCUAUGCACAACAGGGUUGCAUGAGCUAGAGUGAGACAUUUAAUCAAAACUAGCUACUUUACAAAAAUAAAAGCAGUUUAGCCCGGCGUUGCUGGGAAUACUACUUGUGCUGGGUUUUUGUUAAAUUGACAUAUAGUAAGAAACCUCGAAACCAGGGCUUCCCCGUUA